AUGUUUGCCAAUAUUAAGACAGCAUUUGCACCAACAUCCAAGCCAGAAAGAGCUCCUAGAGGUACCCAAAUAAGAGGAGACUAUAAGGAUUUAAUUCCCCGCGUUCAGAAUGACAUAAAUAUAACCACAGCCCAACUUGGCCAAUACGAGAACAAGUCACUACUAUGCAAGAUAAUUCAGUUGAUGAAAAAGAAUCAUAAAGAACAGAUUGAACAGGUGAAAAAGGAGCACGGUGGAACAGCCAAAUACGAUGCAAAACUAUUUGACUUGUUAAAAGUUCAACUAGCUGAAUUGGGCAAUCUAUUGGACAUUUUCAAAAACAAUUUUAUCCACUCAUUGUAUGACAAUCAUGUUCUCGACUACAAGAUGCAAAAGCUAGAGUCAAGUUCUGCUCCAAAGCUUUAUUCGGCUUCUCCUAGAUCCUCGGCGUCUUUACUUUCAAUGGCCGAAGUGGAUAAUAAUGUAAUAGAAGAAGCCCCAGACUAUUUGUUGGAUCCAAUUUCCUUUGAGAUGUUGACUGACCCAGUGGUUACACCUAGUGGCAUCACUUAUGAACGAGAAGAAAUAGUAAACCAUAUAAAUACCAAAGGCAAAUACGAUCCCAUCAGCAAACAACCAUUAAGUAAAGAUCAAUUGUAUCCAAACUUAAUUAUAAAAGAUACUGUUGAGGCAUAUAAAAUAGAACAUAGUAAAUAG